AUGGGCCUAUACACUUCAAAAGCAUUUUUUAAUGACACAGCAAUUUAUGGUGGAAUAUUAAAACUUCCAACACCUUCAAAUCUUCCUUGGACUGAGAAAGAUAUAAUAAAAUCAGCAUGUGCAACUAUAACUCAAAUAUUAGCAAAAAUUAAUGUUCCCACCAUAGCCGUUGGUGGAUUUUCCGAAUAG